GAAGUGAAGCAACCAAGCAAGCAGCCAGAAGCGCAGACCAAGCGAAAAACGCGAACGCGGAGAUUUCCCUUCGGUCGCAGGGCAUUUUGGACCGUUUCCGUUCGUUUUCAGUAAAAACCCAUGUAAAAGUAGUUCGAAAUCGGCUUUCUCAUCGACCCAUCGAUACGCCGGUCAUCGUCGUCGCCCGGAAUACGGAAUCCGAACGUGUGAUGCAUGAUUUAUGGGAGAUGUUUUAGGGCCUGUUUGGCGACCACCUGUUUGACACCGCCGACCGACCGAGAGAGAGAUAGUGGAAAUUUCGCCCGCGAAAAGCGGUUGUGUUGUAGUGUGUUUGGAGGAAAAUGCGUCCGGGCGAUUUGUGCGACGAAAAGUGUGAUUGAAAUUAAUGUGUAAUGUUGUGUAUCGUGUUGUGGUCGUAUGAAAAAAAUGUGUGUGUAUCUGUGCCGCCCACUCGCUCGUGUGUUUGGUAUGUGUGCACUGCUCCGUGAAGCAGCUUAAGCCAAGUGAAAGAAAAAAAUAAAGCCGAGUUUAGAAGAGGCGUGCGAGAAAGUGGGGUGUGGAGCAUGAGAGAAAGUGAGGGGGGAUAGAAGAAGAAGAAGAAGAGAAGUAAGAGGAAGAGGAAGAAGAAGAGAAGGAAGAGGAAGAGGAAGAAGCUGAAAAGUGAAGGUUAAGUAUUACUGGAGAAAUUAUCAACAACAUCGGUUCAGAUUUUGUUCAACCAACGCUCUUCCCGACGUGCUUACCCGCCGCACACCCGUGUGUUAGCCUGCGUGAGUGUGUGCGUGAGCGUAUGUAUGCUUUUAUGCGUAAGUGUGUGUGUGUAUGUGCAACCGUCGUGUACGUGUACGUUUGUAAUGAAUAUUGUGUCGCGUGUAGUCGAGUUGUGAAGUGAAAGAACCGUUCUUGUGAAGUAGCGUCAACAGCAGGAAAAAGCGCGCGCGCGUUUGUGUGUCCAGCAUCGUCAGUACCGGAAGGAAAGCCUUCAACAUCUUACCCAACAGCAAUGUUGGCAUCGAACAAGCGCCGUUCGAGUAGAACAGUAGCGGCCGAAAAAGCACCGUACCACAGCAGCAGUUAAGUGGUGUUGUCACGGGAAAAGCAACACGUCAACGCAACCGUCGACAGCCGCUAGCAGCCGCCAUCUGCCGCCAGCAAUUCGAGCGGCAGUCGUCGCCAACGGCACAAUGGGCGAUCAGAAGAGUCAAAAGUCGGGUGGUGGGGCUGGAGCAGCCAGUGGAGCGGCCGGUGGCACUGGUGGAGCCUCCUCGACGGCAGCCGCCUCUGCCACGACCACGACGACAACGUCAGCGGCGGCCACACCAGUCACGACGCCGCAACAGCAGCAGCAACAACAUCAUCAGCCGCCUUCGCAUCAUCCGCAUGCGCAGCAGCAUCCACAUCACCAUCAGCAGCCGCCUCCACCACCACCGCCCCAUCAUUCACAUGCCCCCCAUCCGCUGCAUAUGCCGCCGCAUCCGCAUCAGCACCAUCACCCGCACCACCAUCCUCCGGGACCGCCGAGUGCGGGUGGUGACCAUCAGCCACCGCCGCCGCCGGGUCAUGGGCCACCGCCACACCACGCAUCGCCCUACGACCAUCACCAUCCCGUGCCGGUAUCCGGUCCGGGUGACGCCACGAAUGGUGGAGGCGGCGGCGGAGGUGGUACGGGGACGGGCGGCAGCGGAAAGGAUGAAUCGCUGCCACCUCCACACCACGGCCAUGGGCCUCCACCACCACCACCGCACGGUGGUGCCGGUGGUCCACCGCCACCUCCAAUGGGUCACCACGGGCAUCAUCAGAUGCAGCAGCAUCACGGGCAGGUGUACGGUCAGCCGCCACCGCCACCGCCGGGCAUGCAGCACCAGCAGCAGUAUGCGCCCCGCUACCACCAUCACCAUCCGCAUCAUCCGCACGAUCCGAACGUGCAGCCGCCCGGGGCAGGCGGUGCGCCCGAUCCUUACGCACACUAUCACGCGCAUCGGAUGGGCGCGGCAGCGGCCGCCGCAGCAGCUGCCGCAGCGGCUGCCGCCUCGACCGGUGGUGGUGCCGGUGGUGGAAGCGGUGCGGGAGGCGCGGGUACACCGCCUCCGCAGCACACCGGCGGUAAGCCGGCUGCCGCGGCCGCCGCUGCAACAGCAGCCGCCGCCGCAGCGGCAGCAGCAGCCACCGGCAGUCCGAUGCAUGGGCGGCACAGUCGCUACAUGUCUCAGCAGCCGACGGCCGCUGGUGCGGGCGGUGCCGGUGCUGCCGGUCAGCCACCGCCUGGCGGAGGUGCUAAUGCACCCCCGCCCAGUGGACCAGCCGCCGGCGGUCCUACGCCGACGCUUAACUCGCUGCUACAAUCGCAUCCACCGCCGCCACCUCAUCCGGGUGCGCCACACCAUCGCUAUCCGCCGGCCAGUUACGACCCAUCGGCACCGCAGGGACAGCAGCAGCCGCCCGGGCCCGGUCAGCCGCCGGGUCCAGGUGGUGGCCCACCACCUGGCCAAGGGCAGCCCGGUAUGCAUCCGUACCACGGUGGACAUCAGCAGCAGGGUUGGGCACCUCCGCCCCGACCCUACAGUCCACACUCGCAACCGUAUCGACCACCACCACCGGGUAAUACCGGACGAGGACAGUCACCAUAUCCGCCGGGCCCACCGGGUCAAGCGCCCGGCAGCUAUCCACCGCCGCAACCUCCGGGCCAGGGUUCGCAGCAGCAACAGCCACCCGGUCCACCGCAGUCGGCCGGUAGUCAACCGGGCGCGGCAGCAGGUGGCCCACCUGGGCAGGGACCGCCGCCGGCGGGUGCACCUGGUGGGCCCGCUGGCGGAGCGCCCGGCCAGUCACCCCAGCACCAUCCACCCACAUCGCAGGGUCCGCCCGCCAAUACUCAGUAUACUCCUUACCAGCCCCAGCGCUAUCCAACGCCCGGUGGCCCCAACGCACCGAACCAUCGUACGCCGUAUCCUCCGCAUCAGUACGAACCGGUCAGGUCGUGGCCAUCGCCAGCCGCUAGUCCAGGACCGGGCCCGGGACAUAUGCCUCCCUCACCACACGGUCCACCGCAAAGUCCUGGACAGCAGCAACAGCAGCAACACAGUGGUCCCAGUCCAUCGCCGCAGCCACCACAACCAGCACCAUCACCGCAUCAGGAUUCCACGGGUCAGAAUAGUAAUGACAGUUCGACAGGAGGUAGCGGUGGGCCUGGCAACUCCACAGGGCCGUCUGGUGUCCACGGCGGUGCACCCGGCACACCAAACUCCUCCUCUUCGUCGUCGUCUCAGGGCAUGAGGCCAACACCGUCGCCAACUGGUUCCGGUAGCGGAUCGCGUUCUAUGUCGCCGGCAGUAGGCCAGCAAAGUGUUUCGAUGCCUCCUCGUCCAUCCAGCAGUCACUCGCAAGCUCCUAAUCAACAGCAGGGCCCGAACCAUCAGCACGGCAACAGCAACAGCAAUCUCGUGCACGGCAAUCAGACACAGGGACCGCCGGGACCGACGGAUCACCACGCCCGUGUAGCCUCACCGAAUCGUCCGCCGUCGGCCUCCGCGCAGCAACUGCCGCCAGUGUCGACUGCCCCGUCCGGCAGCUCCUCGUUACCACCCUCGUCUCAGGCAGGCGGUGGAGGAUCGGCCGGUGCAGCGGCGGCAGGUAUGGCCGCCCAAGGAUAUCAGGCGCAAGCGCCACAUCCGCCACACAUGCACGGUCCCUACAAGAUGGGUCCCGGUGGCCCUGGAGGAAUGCCGCCGGGAGGACCCGGACAGCAGAUGUCCCCGUAUCCACCACCGCCCCCACACCAACAGCCACCUCCGCAGUCGCAGCAGUAUUCACCACACUCGCCCGCGAGUUACUCGCCGCGUCCGCAGUACCCGGGGGCGUACGGGCCGUCGCCACCCGUGCCGGGACCACCGCCACCACCCGGCACACAGUCGCCGCAGGGUCCGCCGGGGAGCGGUGGGCCACCGCCACCACACCCGCCGCCCGGUGGCUAUCCGGGGCAACACCGUAUGCCUAAUCAUGUGGGUGCGGGUGGGCCGCCGCCACCGCACUCCCAGUACCCUCCGCACCAGUAUCCACAUCAGCCACCAAGUCCGUGGGGACCACCGCACACGCAGGCCGGGCCGGUUGGUGCCGGUGGCGGCCAUGUAAAUAAUCAUGUACAGCAAUCGCAGCAGGGACAGAGCGGUCCACCGACGCCCGGCGGUGGUCCCCGGCAGGGCAAGGGAAUGCCGCCAGGAGGACCGCCGGGAGCGGGCGGCGUACAUCCGCAGUCGCCCCAGCAGCAGCAGCAGCAGCAACAUUCUCAACACCACCAGCCACCACCCCAUCAUCAACCGCACCAUCAAGGGCAUCAUCAGCCGCCGCAGCACCAUCCGGGCCAGGCCCAGUCCCAGCAACCUCCGCCCCAGAGCGGUUCACCGCAACCGCUCAACUACCUAAAGCAGCACCUGCAGCAUAAGGGCGCGUACAGUGGCGCACCCAGCCCAACGCCACCGCCCGGCCAAGGCUACGGGAACGGUCCCGGCAUGCAUCCACCGAUGGGUCCACCACACCACAUGGGCCCACCGAUGGGGCUGCCGCCACCGCCGAACGCAAGCAGCAUGGGACCACCGCCGCCGGCCGGUACGCCACCGAGCCAGUCACCUUCCGGGGCCGGUGGUGCCGGUGCGGUAGGGCACCAGCAGCAUCCGUCGCAGCAAGACAGCGGACAUCCGCCUUCGCCACAUCAGCAGCAGCCUCCAUCGCAACAACCGCAGCAUCCGGGUGGGCAGUCGCAACAGCCGCAGCAGCAACCACCUCCCCACUCGCCCCAUCACCAUCCGCACGGGCCACCGCCCCAUGCGCAGCAUCAGCCGGGACACCACCCCGGUGCCGAUGUGCCACCGCAACCACAUCACGGGCUGUUGGCGGGUGCGGGCCAGGACAAUGGCAUCGUAAAUGCAACCGGCGGGCCAGGGGGAGGAGGAGGAGGAGGAGGAGGAGGAGCGGGUGGAGGUCCACAUCAUCACCAUCAUCCCCAUCAUCAUCACCCAGUUACCUCACUCGUUACGACGGGACCUGAUGGCGCUCCACUCGACGAAGCCAGUCAGCAGAGUACCUUAUCCAAUACCUCAGUAGCUUCCGGAGAAGAUCCUACGUGCUCGACGCCGAAAUCGCGGAAAAACGAUCACUACAACCAAAGCCAUUUGACGGGCACCAACACACCGUCGUCGUCGAAUGCGUCGCCCGGGCCGCACAACGCACACGAAGACUUCGAGCUCAACUCGUCCCCGACGUCCUGGCCCCGGACGCCAGCUAGUCCAGUAUUUAACAGUCACGUUCCUCCCACACCGGAGACACCUUUUAGAUCAACUAAGCAGAAAUCGGACAGCCUGAACAAGCUGUACGAGAUGGACGAUAAGCCGGACCGGCGCGUGUUUCUGGACAAGCUGCUGGCGUACAUGGACGAGCGCCGAUCGCCGAUCACGGCCUGUCCGACGAUCUCGAAGACACCGCUGGAUCUGUACAAGCUGUACGUGUACGUGCAGGAGCGUGGCGGGUUUGUUGAGGUGUGUAAGAAGGUUACCAAGAGCAAAACGUGGAAGGACAUCGCCGGCAUGCUGGGCAUUGGGGCGAGCAGCAGUGCGGCGUACACGCUGCGGAAACACUACACGAAGAAUCUGCUCCCGUUCGAGUGUAAGUUCGAUCGGGGCGGUAUCGAUCCCGGUCCGAUCAUUGCGCAGGUGGAAGCCGGUUCGAAGAAAAAGUCCGCCAAAACUACGUCCGUUCCUUCGCCAGGAUCAUCCAACUCGCAAGAUUCAUUUCCCGCGCCUGGCAGCAGCAGUGCCUCGAUGGAUGGUUACGGGCCGUACCCGGGCAGUGGUUAUCCGCCCGGCUCCACGCCAGACUAUGUGCAGCAGCAGCAGCAACAGCAGCAGGGCACGGCCGGUGGACCACCAGGCGCUGCUACGCUGCCCGGUGCACAGCCGGGCCCGGGCCAGCAGCAGACACCACAGCCCCAGCAAAGGCCACCUUCGCAGCAAGGUGGCACUCAGUCUCCUCAUCCAGGUUCUGCACCGCCUGCCUCUGGCGAUAAUAUUAGCGUGAGCAAUCCCUUUGAUGAUCCCGUGGGUCCACAGCGUCCCCCGUAUCAGCAGGGCGCUCCCUAUCCACCGGUUUCACGUCCCCAAGGCGCACCGUAUCAAGGACAGCCGGGCGGUUAUGGGCAGUAUGGCGCGCCGGAACAGUACGGCCCGUCGGCCGGCACACCGCCUGGACAAUAUGCACCACCGCCCGGUCAGCAAGGCCAGUAUCCGCCAACGAAUCGACCGCUCUAUCCGCCGUACGCACCGCCGGAAGCUGGAGAAGGAUCUCUCUACAGAGGCACACCACCAUCGUCGGCGGCCGGUCAAGUACCCGUUCCUCCUUCGGCAGCCGACCCAUACCGCGGGUACGGCAGCUCACCGUACCCUCCGCCACCCCAGCAACGACCAUAUCCGCCGCAACAGCAGCCCGUUGUCAGUACCGCGCCAGGAGUGCCGCCAGCCGGUACGCCACCAAUUCCGGCGGGUGGUGCUGCCCAGGGACAGGUACCGCCGGGUGGUCCACCAUCACAGCAGCAGCAGCAGCAGCAGCAACCGCAGCAAGCGCCUCCGCCACAGCAGCAACCUGGCGCGCAAGGACAGCCCGGUACGCCCGGCGGCGGCUAUCCGGCACCGGUCGGGCAACCGGGCGUGCCUCAGUCUGCAGCCGACUACUACCGACAGCAGCAGGAACAGGCUCUUCCCUAUCCACAGCCCAACCAGCCGCGCCGUCAUCCGGAUUUCGAAAAGAGCCAACAGCCCUAUCCUCCAUACCAGCAGCGGCCUCAGAUGUACCCAGGUGGAUGGCAGGCAGGUCCUGGUGGCCAGUACCGUGGUCAGUAUCCUCCCCAGAGUCCUCAGCAGCAGUGGGCACACAACGGUCCCAGGCCGAGCGGUCCGCCGGGUCCGCCCGGUGCCGGUGGUCCUCCCGGAGGUCCACCGGGUGCUCCGGGUCAGUGGGGAGCGGCGGCGGACGUUAAUCGCUACCCGCCCAAUCAGCAACAACCACCUUACCCAACGCACCAGCAGGGCCAACAGCAACCCUGGAAUCAGAUGCCACCAACGUCACAGAACUCUCCGCUGCGACCACCGUUACGCACCGGCAAACCGUAUCCUCCGAUGACGGGUGCCGGUCCCGGUGUUCCGACACCACCCGGUUCCAUGCCUGGAAUGCCACCAGCCAGCAUUAGCACACCGCCGCAAGCGCCGGGAGCGGUGGGUGGACCGCCGGGUGCAACUGCUUCAUCCGGACCGGUCGUUCCCGUUUCCGGUGGCGUUCCGCCCGUCGUACCCUCGCCCGGAGGCGUCGUAGUACCGGGCAGUGGCGGCGUGCCUUCCGUGGCUGGUAAUGCCAGCAGUGCAGUACCGGGUGUACCGCCAGUACCGAGCGCGGCAUCCCCAGCGGUUAAAGCACAGCCACCUGCGCAAGGCACGGGCCAGGUACAGCCAGCCGGGCCCAAUUUCCAACCGGCCGGAAGCGGCGGUGUACAGCAAAAGCGAGACAUUGUCUUUCCGUCGGAUAGCGUUGAGGCGACCACGCCCGUGCUCUACCGAAGGAAGCGCAUCACUAAGCUAGACAUCGGGCAGACCGAUGCAUGGCGGAUAUUUAUGGCGCUACGGUCCGGUUUGCUCGUCGAAAGCACCUGGGCGUUGGAUGUGCUGAACAUCCUGCUCUUCGACGACUCCUCCGUCGCGUACUUCGGGCUAGCCCACAUGCCCGGCCUGCUCAACCUGCUGCUCGAUCACUUCCAGAAGAGUUUAUGCGACAUGUUCGAGAGCUGCAAAAAGGAGGGCACAACGAACCGCUUCAGCGUGGAAGGAACCGAGCGCGCGGCGCUGUUGGACAGAAUGCGUGACAUCGACGAUGAGGAGGAGUCAGCAGAGAAGGAGCAGGAGGGUCGUAAAGGGCAUCCUCAACCUUCCUCCGUAAUCAACACGGUGACUGCUUCGGUGGUGACGACCGAAACGACGAUAAAGCUGGAACCAGCGUCGACGCCCAUAGUGACGGCAACGACGACGACGACGACGACGACGAUGUCCACCACCACCAUGAUCAAGCAGGAGAAGCUAGAGAAUGGCCUUCCGGAAGCGAGUUUACUGCAGCACAAUGGAGGCGGCGUGCAGGAGAUCGGCGGCGGUACCAAAGGAGGAGGAGCGUCCGUCAAGAGUUCGACGAUAGACAGACGAAGAGGAACCACGCAGUGCUAUGCGAGGCGCAACGCGAAACUAUGUGAUUUAAACGAGCUGCUCGAGCUGGAUCUGGGUGCGGUUAAGAACCCACCGAACCCGGACGAACGCACGCUAAUACUGACGUCGACGGCGAACUACACGCUGACGUCGCGGAAGGGUCGCCCGGUCAAGAUACAUCCCGCGGAGGACGAUGUGUUCGUGCUGGACCAUCGGCGCGAUUGGGACCGGGCGUCCGAUUAUCAGUAUCAGCGCGACACCGAGGUCGGUGGCGAUCCGUGGACGGCCGGCCACACCGAUCCGGACCCGCACGACUACAUCAUGGACACGUUCCGGGCCGAGUUUGUCAACAUUCCAUUUGCGAAGUACAUUAAAACGAGCGCCAAGUAUGCGGAGUCCAUCAAGGCGCACGGCACCACCCGGAAUGGCAAGCGGAUAUCAGCCAACAACAACAACAACAACAACAACUGCUACAUCGGCAAUGUCGGUAACAACAACAACAGUGCAAAGUGUACAAGCAAAAACGAUCAGCAGAAAGAGCUGGGGGCAGCGGUGCAGGACGAAGCACCGGCGACGGAGAAAACCACGACACCGGCGUUGAAAAAUACGUCCGACGCUAGCACGACGGAGAUGGAUGUGGAAGAGGAGCGGGAGGAGGAGGAGGAGGAGGAGCUGCUCUCGCCACCGAAGCGAAGGAAAGAGGACCCAUCCGCAACGGCCACGCCACCGACGUUGCGCACGCGGAAAGACCAUCACAUCGCCCGGCUGAUGAAUGGCGAGAGUGGUGAGGAGGAGGAAGCGAAGGAACGGUCGGAAAGUGGUGGCGGUGGAGCGGACAAGGUGGUGAAGAACUGUAUAGUGAAGAAGGAGAAGCAGACGGCGGCGGAGGAGAAGGACUCGGAGCCGGUCGAGAGCAAGCACGCGGCCAAGCGUACCACUCCGACACCGAUGGAUGCGGACUGCCGGGAGAUCGACAUGGAGCUGGAGAAAACGUCGAGCCUUCCGAAUGGGCCACAGGCAGCCACCCCGGGACAUAACGCGGAAAGUGAUAAGGAGAACAGCGAAACGAGCGAACCAACAGCUGCUGGCGGUCGUGAGCAGAAGCGUAACGUAACGGCGGAUGACUCGCCGCAGCAGCGAUCGCCCACGGAGGAACGGCCAUCGUCCAAUCCGGCCGACGAGCGGAUGGACGUUGACGAAUCGGAAGCGGACGACGCGGAGACGACGGUAGCGGUUGGCCGACCGGCCGCAUUCGAUAUCGCGCAAACAGUUCGUGAUCCGGCCCGAGUGCUAAAGCGACGGCGCAUGAGCGACUACGAGGACGAGUGCUACACGCGCGACGAAGCGAGCCUGUACCUGGUGACGGAGGGCCAGGACGCGCUGGCCCGGCGCUGUGUCGCCAUCUCGAACAUCCUGCGCAAUCUCACCUUCCUGCCGAACAACGAGACCGAGUUCUCGAAAUCGUCCCGCUUCCUGGCGAUCCUCGGCAAGCUGCUGCUGCUGAACCACGAGCAUCCGCUGCGCACGAAAAAGACGCGCAACUACGACCGCGAGGAAGAUGCGGACUUUUCCGACUCGUGCAGCAGCUUGCAGGGCGAGCACGAAUGGUGGUGGGACUUUUUGGUGCAGAUUCGCGAAAAUAUGCUGGUGGCAACGGCCAACAUCUCCGGCCAGCUCGACCUGUCCCGGUUCGAUGAGCCGAUAUCGCGCCCCAUACUGGACGGUCUGCUGCACUGGGCCGUCUGCCCGUCGGCGCACGGGCAGGAUCCGUUCCCGACGCUCGGACCGAACGCUGCCCUCUCGCCCCAGCGUUUGGCGCUCGAGGCACUCUGCAAGCUGUGCGUAACGGACGCGAACGUGGAUCUGGUCAUAGCGACACCGCCGUUCUCGCGGCUCGAAAAGCUGUGCUCGGUGCUGACGCGCCACCUGUGCAAGAACGAGGAUCAGGUGCUGCGGGAGUUUUCGGUCAACCUGCUGCACUAUCUGGCCGCCGCCGACAGCUCGAUGGCACGUACGGUUGCGCUGCAAUCGCCGUGCGUGUCGUACCUGGUCGCGUUCAUCGAACAGGCGGAACAGUCCGCACUCGGGGUGGCCAACCAGCACGGCAUCAACUUCCUGCGCGACAAUCCCGACUCGAUGGGCACCAGCCUGGACAUGCUGCGACGGGCGGCCGGUACGUUGCUGCACCUCGCCAAACAUCCGGACAAUCGGCCGCUGUUCAUGCAGCAGGAGCAGCGGCUGCUCGGGCUGGUCAUGAGCCACAUACUCGAUCAGCAGGUGGCGCUCAUCAUCUCGCGCGUGCUGUACCAGUGCUCGCGGGGGACCGGCCCACUCACGACGAUGGAGAUCGAAUCGGGAGGCAAACCAACCUCCACGACGACAAGCUCCGCCGGUUCCUCCUCCUCCCCGGCUAGCUCUUCGUCUGUGAUGGAUACAAAAGCGAGUGCUGCUGACGGGGGAAAGCCAACCGCGUUGACGGCAGCAAUAUCGGCUACGAACGGUAGCGGUGGUAUAACGCCAACAACGACAACCGAUGGCUCGUCUGCGAACGCUGGAACGAAUGGGAGUGGUGGUAGUGGUGCGACGACAAACACCGCGAACAGCAGCGGACCAGCGCCAGCAGCAGCGAUCAAUGGUCAGGUAACGGCGGAAGAGUUCGCCACACCAUCCACACCUUCCUCAGUCGCUACCACCACUAACAGCAACGAUGGUGGUGCGGAUCGAUCUGCGCACGCGGAACCAUCCUCCUCCAACGUUGCUCCUACGGCAGUGACGAACUUCGAUGACACCAGCUCGUCGUCCUCCUCCAACACUACGACGGAACAUGGCGCUUCGGCGGUAAGCAAUGCGCCUGCCUCACCAGCAACGGCAGCUGCGGUCAAUCCCGACGGAACGCCCAACAGCACUACUAGCGGCAGCAGCAAUUGCAGCAGUAGCAACAGCAGCAGCAGCAGCAGCACUAGCAGUAGUAACGCCGUUCCGACGAGCCCGUCAGCUGUAGCGGCCACUCCUACCUCCCCAGCUGCUAGUGUGGCCACGGCAGCACCGCCACCACAGCCAUCCUCCCAGCAUCCGAUAACGGCUUCGUCGUAGUGGAAUCUGUACUGCUGAGGUGGCACCACGGCCACACGAUAUUAGCCCCGGGGCGAGGCGAGAAUACGAAAAUGAUACUACACCGGGACGGGUGCGACAUGUAUAUCGAAGCAAACACACACACACGCGUACAUAUAAAUAUAUAUAUACACAGUUAUUUAUAGUUACACACAUUAUAUAUAUAUUUAUAGGAAUAUAUAUUUAGCAAAAUGAAGAAGAAGAAGAGGAAGAAGCAGCGGCAGCAGCAAGAGACCGCGCAGGACUAUGAUGAUAAAAUCGCCAGCAAAUGGAUCAGCAGUGUGAUGUAUUUGACGAGGGUAGCUUAAUAACUGGUAGGAAACACAUCAGACGUCACACCCGGAUUACAGUAGGCAAGGAGAGAAUGUGUGGUCGAGAGUGUGUGUGUGUGUGCGGUGAGGUGUUGUAGAUUACAGUUGUGUAAGAAAGGAACGCAAAGGAAGAGGAAUUUUAUUUAGUCCCAAGCAACCUGCGCUUACUCGUACAAGCGAGCGAGUAAGUGUGUUGGUAACCAUCUCUCUCUUUUUGUUUUGGGCAGGGAAUGCAAACGACCCUGUGCGUGUGUGUGUGUGAGAGAGCGAAAGGACAAAUAACGCGCUUGACUAAGAGAGAUCGUGCUUUAAGUCGCUUUUGAUUGUGGUGGUUUUGGUGAGUGUUGUGCAGCUAAAAGAGAGCGAGAGAGAGAGCAAGUGAUAGGAGGCAGCAGUACAAGUAUUACCAACACAUACACACCUAAUAAGUGGUGAAGGUGCACCUUUGCGCUGACAGUAGUGAAAAUAUACUCACCCGGCACACACACACACACAUACACACACGAUUGUGGACUCGAGCGUAGAUCUAGCAAGCGGGGAUCUAUGUCUGUAAAUAGUAACUAGUAAGCAGCAGCAAACGAAAGGAAAAAGGGGGGGAAAGGACAACAUGAACACGACCGAUAGAGUAGAAUAAUCGAAAUGUGUUACAGUAGUGUAGUUGAAACAGUUUUAUGAAGUCGCAGGAGGUCAACAAACGGUGGUGAAAAGCCGUGCAAAAAGAAAAGAAAAGUAACGCCGCCGUGUGUGUGUGUGUGUAUAGUAACUCUAAUAGUAAUUGUGCUAAAUAUGCUUAACUAAGGACAAUGUGUGUGUGUGUGCGUGUGUGUGAUGUACAUAGUAUGGUUUAAAACAGAAAUGCACCUAGAUUAGAGAGAGACAGAGACAGAGAGAGAGAGAGAGUAGUAUGGAUGGUAGCUAUUAAAUCAGCCGAUAUAAGGGAAUGGCACAGCACAGAAGAAGUAGAAGAGGGAGGAGGACACAGCGGCAGCCAAGUACACAUUCCCCGUGCUGCUACAAAAGAAAAAAACCUCUCCCGUUCCCCCCCGCGGGUUGCUUGUGGUGGGUGCCCUGGGCCGGGAACAUGGCAUUGCGCAUUCUGUGUGCAGUGCGCGCUGGGGACGGGUCCGGUGGGAGCUGCAGAAAGCUGGAAACACCGAAAAAGAAUCUCUCCACACUUGUGUGUAGCUUGUUUUUUGUUUAUUUGUUUGAUGAUGGUGUUGGACUGCUUCGGUCAGGAAAAGGAAGAAGACACCGCUGGAUCGCGUAACAACGUGCUCACGUUCACGGACAGUGGUGACCGUGAGCGUGAGUCGUGCGUGUAUCUAGGGCCGGAUCAUCCAUCGUGAUGCGACAGGAUAUGUGUGUGUAUGCGUGUGUGUGUGUAUGCGUGUGUGUGCGUUUAAGUAGGAAGAAGAGCUACUACCUUUACUUAGCUAUUUUACUACCAGGAGUUUUUUUUUCUUAAAGGGUGUGGAUAUGUGUGUGUCGUGGAGGUGUAAUUAGGGCUUAUCAAACAAACAUAAUGGUGCGGCCACUCAUAGACUCACAAUUUUUUGUUGUUGUUGUCAAAUUCAAAUUCAGUUUUGGAAUAUUGGACACAAUUACUCCCUUCUCCUCUGGCUUUCUCUUGGUCUCUUCCUUGCUUAAACACAAGCCAAUACAUAAGCAACACCGCCCUCGUCACGGUAAACUGUAAAAAGAAAAAUCUAGUAAAGUGAAGCGUAGCGCGUUAUGAGAAUAAUUUAAAAUGACACCCUAGCAAAGCACGUAGCCUGUGGAGCCGGCGGCAAGUUAAGAUGAUGGGGGGGCAAACAACGCGUGAGAAGGAAGCUGGACAGUAGUAGUGUGUGUAGCACAUAUUUAAACUUAAAUCACUUGCCCGCAGGAGGAGGUUGAUGGUGUGAUUGGCUUUGGAGUGUGUGUGUGUAAGUGUGGUUUUUUAAUUCAACAACAUGCACACACGUACACACGCACGCAUGCACACACACACACAGUGUCGCGAAUUCGGAGCGUAUGUGAAUCUGUGAAUCCCAGGGGGAAGGCCGUUUCGGUUCGACAAGAAUGAGAGUGCGAGCAAAUCGUGGCAAACACAAACACACACACACAUACACACGUUGAUAAUAUUUAUAAGCAGAUCAAAACAGGACAAACAAACAAAACGACACGGUGUAUAGUUAUAGGUAAAAGGUGUACUACACUAGUGGAAAACAACAAAAAAAAACACUUAGGCGUGGUAGCGUGUUGUUUCUAGUGAAAGCAAGCAAAACAAAGGAUGGGACAAAAUGGAGUAAUGUAACACAAGAAGCCGCACACACUGCUGGAACAGGUGGAUAAAAGAGAGAGGAUCCUCUCUUUGUUUUGUUGGUGGCAGCAGGCGGUGGCGGUGUGGUGUGCUGUGGAAUGCACCAUCAUCCGCGAAAAUUAGCGCAAACAAAAAACUAAACAUAAAAACUUACGAAAAGGAUAAAGGAGGGGGGGUGGGAAGAACUAACACAACAGAAAACAAAAACAAAAAAAUCCUUCCAGCAAAAGAUGGAGGGACAGUGAUGCGCAAACACAAGAAAGGGAUAAUUAACUAAGCAAGCUCUGCUCCCUCCCCUCCACUACUUUACGUCAGCGAGAAGGACAAGAAAAGGUGGUGAUUGAAUGUGUGUGAGUGUGAUGUGUGUGGUUGGACGAAUGAACGAAGCAAGGACGAAUGCGGAUUGAACAAUACUUUUACACACACCCAUAAACAAAGUCUCUAUGUGUAUAAUAGUAGUAGUAGUAGUGUACGCGGUGCGCAAAAGGUGAAAAAAGAAGCGACGGUGUGGUGUAGGCAUAAUAGUAGAAGUAGUAGUGGUGGGUAGUAGCUGUUGUAGCAGAGCAGACCGCAGGGGCAAAAGGGGAGGAGCAGGAGGGGCGGCCUCGGGAAUUGUGGUGGGUCCUGUGCCUGCCUGUCGCCUAAUCUAUGUAGAAAACACAAAGGGGAAAGCUUUUGAAUUAACUGUAAAGAGCUGCAAAGAGCGUGUAUGAUUGAUUCAACUCGCUCCGCAAGCAAAGAAGGGGAGUGGAGAAAAGGAACACAACUCUGUGGAAACUCUUAAACAAAUACACAAACACUGAGAAACACAAGCAGCGUCAUAAGAGAGAGAGAGAGAGGAAAAAUGUCAAGCAACUAUGUAGAGGUGGUCGUCAAUAAUAAGGGGGUGUAAAGUGGGGAAUGGGCGAGACGGGGGGGCCGAUGGUGUGUGCGAGGGCGACGGGAAAAUUAGGCACCCUGCUACACAGACAUACACACACACACACAUAUAGUAAUGCGGGCGCAAGUGCCAGCAGAUGAGAAAUGGUAAAAAGGAAGCAAACAACAAAAAAAAAAACAAAUUAUAUUACGAAACGGAGAAAAUAUUUGUAAUUACUAUUAUUGAUACAUAAAAGUAUAAAUAUA